UUUCAGUUCGAUCUGUUCACAAGAUAUGUUAUUCCAAUAGCAGGAGGAACAUAAUAUCGUUGAAAUUUUCGUGUUAAAACCUGUGCUGGAUUUUCACUGGUUUCAUUUUUUUGUGUGUGUGUCAUGCGUUAUUAAAUUAAUAAUAAUCCCAAAAAUUGAGGUUGUUAAUCGAUAACGUUUUCAGUUGAUUUGUGUUUUUUUUCGAACGUCAAUAGUUUCAAUUUCUAUCAGUUUUGUGUUAACUAAACAUUUCUCAACGAACGGUAAAAUGGGCAAUUCUGGUUCAAUAUGUGCGGAUAAAAAUGCUGCAAUUCAUCUAGAGACGAAUGGAACACCCACUCACCCAAUGAACGGGACACAUGCGCAGCAGACACCGUCGUACAAUCAAACAGCGGUGGAACUAAGCAAGCGCAAUUUUCAUACAAAAACAGUUGAGAACGCGUUGUCCAAAGAGAAAAAUGUUCGCGACAGACUUGGUCUAUGGGGAUUGGCCAAUGACACGGAAGUGGCUGGUGCCGUAUCCGGUUUGGAACGUAUCAAAAAUCCUCGGUAUAAUAAGGGAUUAGCUUUCAACAGAAAUGAACGCCAAUUGUUGGGCAUCAAUGGACUUUUACCAGCCGUCGUCAAAACCGAAGAGGAACAAGUUCAGCAUUGUUUAUUGCUUCUAAACAGAUGUGAAAAGGAUAUCGACAAAUAUGUCUACCUCAACAAUCUAUACGAACGCAAUGAACGUUUGUUUUUCCGUGUUCUCGCAUCUGAUAUUGGAAACAUGAUGCCGUUAGUUUACACUCCAACUGUUGGACUCGGAUGCCAGCUAUUCAGUUUGCUCUUCCAAUAUCCGAAAGGUUUAUUUAUUACGAUUCAUGAUAAAGGCCAUGUCUACGACAUUCUCAAGAAUUGGCCAGAGACUGACGUUCGGGCAAUCGUCGUUACCGAUGGAGAACGAAUUUUGGGUCUGGGAGAUCUAGGAGCCAAUGGAAUGGGCAUUCCAGUUGGAAAAUUAUCGCUUUACACUGCAUUGGCUGGAAUUAAACCGCAUCAAUGUCUGCCAAUUACCUUAGAUGUUGGCACAAACACGCAAAGUAUUUUAGAUGAUCCAGUGUAUAUUGGUCUGAGGCAAAAGCGAACAACUGGUGCUGAAUACGAUGAAUUCAUCGAAGAAUUUAUGGUGGCCGUUGUUCGUCGUUUCGGUCAAAAUUGUUUGAUUCAAUUCGAAGAUUUUGGAAACUCUAAUGCGUUCCGUUUGUUGCACAAAUACAGAGAUAGCUAUUGCACAUUCAAUGAUGACAUCCAGGGAACCGCAUCAGUUGCACUUGCCGGUGUAUUGGCAUCAUUGAAAUUGACCAACACCCGUUUGAGUGACAAUACAAUCCUGUUCCAAGGAGCCGGAGAAGCUGCUUUGGGUAUAGCUUCGUUGUGUGUUAUGGCUAUGAAGAAAGAGGGCCUUAGCGAAGCAGACGCUGCUCGCAAAGUGUGGCUUGUUGAUAGUAAGGGUUUGAUUGUUAAGAAUCGUCCAAAAGGUGGUUUGACUGAACAUAAACUACCAUUCGCUCAUGAACAUGAUCCAGCUGAUACUUUGGCUGAGGCCGUCGAACAAAUUAAACCUACAGUUUUAGUUGGUGCUGCAGCUAUUGGAGGUGCAUUUACACCAGCUAUUUUGAGGCGAAUGGCUGAAUUCAACGACAGACCAAUAAUCUUCGCUCUUUCCAAUCCAACAAGUAAAGCUGAAUGCACCGCCGAAGAUGCUUACAAAUAUACCAGCGGUAAAUGUGUCUUUGCUUCUGGUUCUCCAUUCCCACCUGUCGUAUACAAUGGAAAGACAUACUAUCCAGGACAAGGCAAUAAUUCAUACAUAUUCCCUGGCGUCGCACUCGGUGUUAUUUGCGCUGGUGCAUCGACCAUUCCAGAAGAGGUCUUUCUAAUAUCGGCCGAAAAACUUGCUGAUAUGGUUACAUCCGCUGAUCUGGAUAAAGGAAGCCUGUAUCCACCGUUGGAAACAAUUCGCGAAUGUUCAUUGAAGAUUGCAACGAAAGUUAUGGAAUAUUCAUACGAAAAUGGAUUAGCUAGCGUUCGUCCAGAGCCGGAAGAUAAGGAAGGCUUCAUCAAAUCACAAACGUACGAAUUGAGCUAUCAGUCGGCAUUACCGGAUGUGUAUCCUUGGCCGAAAAUGUAAAAACUCAAAUCCACAACUUUUGAAUCAGAAUUUAUUGUUGUACAUUUCAUUAUGGUAUCAUUUCUAAAUAAAUUAUAAUUUUCCGUUUUUGUAAAAUAAAAGAAAAUAUUUUCAUUGAA